AUGACUGAGAAGAAUGAGUCAAGGCUUGAUUGGGAGAGCAAUGGCAGCAGCACCAGACAGAAAGCGAGGACAAGAACUGUCAGUGCUGCUGUUGAUGUCGGUGUCAAAGUGUGGGAUGUGUGGGGAGAGGCUGUAGGAGAGAUGAGCGCCAGUCAGCCACUCAGUGAUGAGGAUAUCAGAUGUGGGGAGAUUGGUGAUAACUGGCUGGAGGUACAGUCUGAGUUGGUGGGCAAAGUUGCUGUACCCGUCCAGGUUGUCAUCCUGAACCACAGGCGGACAGCUGUGUCAAACCAGGGAAUUGCCCACGUGAAGCUGACCAGUACAAAUGUCAAAGAAAGCAGCAAUGUAAUGUUCACAAUCAGCAUCAUGCAAGGGGUGCACAACACUGUUGAAGCCACCGGAGCGCAGUUGGUUGGCGAGGUUGUGGAUAUGGGUAAGGUGGCUGGCGUUGGCAGAGUCAAACUGAUCACAGUCAACCAUCUGACGGAAUGGCCAGCGAGGAUGAGCCUUGAUGGCUGGCCAAACUUCUUGCCAGUAGGUUGCAAGCCAGAGCGGUGGGAAACGAGUGACACUGGUGACAUCGACAUGGAGAGAACGUGCGCCAAACCGCCAGUGCUUCUCGAGGGACUUGGAAUCGUGAUAAGGGGCAAUGGAUGGGAUGGGGAUGGUGGUAGGGUCAAAAGGACUGGCCUCGGGGUUUUGAGGAGAGAAGACAUUGACGACAUUGAGGGGAGAUGGCUGGGUGAGCAAAGGCGGGGACAUGGCUGGCAAGUGGAAAACAAGAAAGUUGUUGAUGGGGAGAUCAUGUUUGGGUACUAA